GUCCUCGUGGAGAGAAGAAGGCGGGGCUUUACGCGCCACGAGCGGAGCUGAGAUGUGAGCAGCAGCGGCUCUCUGCUGGAUGCAGUCAGAGCUGAGUUCCACACGUUUCAGUCAGAGUGACACCGAAUUGUCUGUAACUAUUUGAAAACAGCAAAAUCAUCUGGACAAAUUUUCUUUUUUUGGUGUUUUUUUUUCCAACUAAGAAAAGAAGUGCGCAGUAAUCACUUUGGAGUUGAUGAGAAAGUCAAGAAGUCCGGCUCCUGAGAGAGAGACCAGUGGAAUAUGAUUUGAAUCAACGGAACGUAUACGGCACUGUUGUUCACUAACAGGAUGAAUCUCCAUUUGCUUCAUGCCAUCAUGUUGCUGUGGGCCUUGUGUCCCAGCGUGCAGGGCCAGUGCGAUAAAUCAUCCGAGACAAGCAAACUCAACCUCUCGGUUACCUACGAGCUCCCAACGUUCACUGCAGAUUUCCCAAUCCAGAACAUGGUGACGCUGGAUGGGGUCAUCUACGUCGGUGCUGUGAACAGAAUCUACGCCCUCGCCCCCAACCUUACGAAGUUGUCAGAGUACCACACGGGCCCGCUGCUUGCCAACGAGACUUGCGACCAGAAACUGACGAGAACCGGCGGUGGUGGCAGGGUGGACAAUCAUAACAUCGCCUUAGUGGUGGAGAACAUUUACGACAAGGGGUUGUACAGUUGUGGCUCAGCAGAUAAUGGCAUCUGCCGCCGUCAUGUCCUGGAUGACGACAUCAGCCCCAAAACCGUUGAUGAACAGGUCUACUGCUUCGCUGAAAAGGCGAGGCAAGGCAGAGGUCACCCCAGCGACUCAGAUGUUGUGGUCAGCCCUUCUGGAUCUCAGGUGCUCAACGUGGAAAGCAACGUCAUCAAGUUUUUUGUUGGAAACUCAGAGAUCCCAGGCACAGGAAACAUGUCAGGCAGUGGAACUCAUCCACACACCAUUUCUGUGCGGAAGAUGAAGACAAGCCAAAAUGGUUUCACUUUCUUCUCCAACUUGUCAUACAUGGACCUGAUUCCAUCUCUACGUGGAAACUACUACCUGCGUUAUGUUUACUCCUUCCACAGUGGGCCCUUCACCUAUUUCCUGACUGUGCAGCGGGUGAGCAGGGACUCUCAGGCCUACCACACCCGCAUAGUCCGCAUGUGCUCCUCCGACCUUGUGAUUCGCCGCUAUGUGGAAAUGCCCCUCGAGUGCAUCAGCACCGAUAAGAGGCGGCGACGCUCCGCAGAAGAUGUGAAGGUGUUCAACAUCGUGCAGGCAGCACACGUCACCAAGGUGGGCAAUGACGUCGAACUGCAGAAACAGUUGAAGGUGGAAGAGGGUGACGACGUGCUGUUUGCUGCCUUUGCUCGGGGAAAGCCAAACUCUCCGGAGCCGACCCCUAACUCAGCCGUCUGCGUCAUCUCCCUGAAGCACCUCAACAACAUGUUCAAGAUGUACAUGCUGAGGUGCAACACAGUCGACCCGUAUCACUUCACUGGAUCAGGCAAGAAGUCCUGCUAUAAUGUGAGUUCAUCAGACGACUGUGACCUGCACGAAGGAAUCCAUGAAGGGAAAGAGGGCAAGUACCAUCUGCAGGUGACCCAGUUUGUCCAGAGGUUGGAGUACUGGCACAAAGACUUGACAAACACCUUGGUUACCUCGAUUACCGUGGUACCAGUCCAUGGUCGCGUCAUAGCAUACCUAGGAACUGCCGAUGGACGCCACAUACAAGUGCUGUUCUCCCGAUUUGCCUCUCCCCAUGUCAACAUCCGCCUGGACUCGAGACCCGUCUCUGCCAGUGUGGCACUGCUGGACUCUGGCCAUGCAAAUGGAGCCAUGCUAAUGGCCACAGGGAACAAGAUCACUAAGGUCCCUCUGAUUGGCCCCGGCUGUGGUCAGCUGACCACCUGUACUUCCUGUUUGGUGUCAUCAAGAGUGACAGAAUGCGGCUGGUGUAAUGGACGCUGCACCAGAGCGAACCAGUGUCCCUCCACUGUCUGGACCCAGGACUACUGCACACCAGUCAUCACUAAGAUCUUUCCAACCUCUGGACCAAUACGAGGCUCUACAGUGGUGACAGUUUGCGGACGCAACUUUGGCUUCGACAAGUCAGAGAGGUUCAAGGCCUCACUGGUAACUGUGGAGGUGGCGGGAGCUCCCUGCAAACUGCUCAGACAAGACAACAUCCACAGGUGGACUGAGAUGCACUGUUCCCCAGUGUUCAGUGGGAACUUCACCCCGUCAGGAUACACAGUGAAGGUCACCAGUGGCAACAAGGUGGCCAAGAUGGACGGUUUCAGUUUUGUGGACCCUGUGAUCCAUGAAAUCUUCCCAACAUUCGGGCCCAAGUCUGGAAACACUAUGCUGACUAUCAGAGGAGCUUUUCUGGAUACUGGAAACAAGCAAGAGGUGACUGUAGGGAAGGCAGUCUGUAAGAUCCAGAGUUUGUCGUCCACCAUGCUGACCUGCAAGACUCCUCCACACGCUGUUCCCUCAGAGCAGCCUGUGAAGCUGACGGUGGAUUCAGUGGAGCGCCACGCCCCCACGUUCUUCACCUACAACCAAGACCCCAUCAUCAACAAAAUCCAGCCCUUGCGCUCCUUUGUGAGCGGAGGCUGCACGGUGUCAGCUCAUGGCUUCUUCCUCCAAUCCGGCCUCCAGCCCCAGAUGGUUCUCACCACCGGUCAGGAUGCUGAGGUCUUCCAUGUGAGCUGUGUGUAUGGUGAAAACCGGACCUCCAUCCAGUGCACCACGCCCUCUCUGGCCAAACUGGCCCUGCAGCCACCGGUUGUCACCAAGGUGGCGUUUGUCCUGGACGGCUACUCGACAGAGCAGUGGGACCUGAUCUACGUGGAAGACCCCCUCUUCCAGGACCCUAAGCUUACCUCCAAGGACAACAAGAGCAUCGUGGAGCUCAAAGGUGAUCGGAUGGACAGGGAGGCGAUGAAAUGUCAGGUCCUGACUGUUUCCAACCACAGCUGUGAGAGUCUGACUCUGGUAGGAAACACUCUGGAGUGUACCGUUCCUACUGAGCUGCAGGCCGCCACUGCCAAGGAGCUGCAGGUGGAGUGGCGCCAGGCAGACUCCAUCAGGCAUCUGGGCAAGGUGACGCUGGCGCAGGAGCAGGACUACACGGGCCUCAUCGUGGGCUGCGUGUGCGUCAGCCUGCUGCUGCUGCUGCUGGGAACGCUGCUGAUGUGGAGGAGGAACAAACACAUCGAUGAUCUGUCUGAGGUGUGGUAUGAUGGCCGGGGUCACAUCCAGCAUCUGGACAGGCUGGCUAACGCGAGGAGCGUCAGCCCCACUAACGAAAUGGUCUCCCACGAGUCAGUCGACUAUAGAACAACCCUGCUGGAGGAUCAGGGCACUGACAGGCCCGAGACAUGCCGCGGAGCUCCUCCCAUCUACGGGGGCAAUGGGGAGCUGCUGUCUCCCAGACUGGGGGCACUGGCAGGUGGGAUGGGUCUAGGGCUGGAGGGCGAGCUGGUGUCACCCCUGCUGAUGGCCCCGGUCCACAUCGACCCGUCCUGUCUCCACCCAGACCUGCUGACUGAGGUGCAGCACGUGGUGAUCGCCAGGGAGCAGUUGCUGCUCCACCUCAACCAGGUCAUCGGCAGAGGCCACUUCGGCUGUGUUUUCCAUGGAACACUACUUGAGUCAGACGGGCAGAAACAGCACUGUGCCGUCAAGUCCCUGAACCGCAUUACAGACUUGGAGGAGGUGUCCCAGUUCCUGAAGGAGGGGAUCAUCAUGAAGGACUUCAGCCACCCCAAUGUUCUCUCCCUGCUGGGUAUCUGCCUUCCACCAGAGGGCUCGCCGCUGGUGGUUUUGCCCUACAUGAAGCACGGCGACCUGCGCAACUUCAUCCGUGAUGAGGGGCAUAACCCGACAGUGAAGGACCUGAUGGGCUUUGGGCUGCAGGUGGCCAGAGGAAUGGAGUAUCUGGCCAGCAAGAAGUUUGUCCACAGAGACCUGGCUGCCAGGAACUGCAUGCUGGAUGAGAGCUACACAGUGAAGGUGGCAGACUUUGGCCUGGCUAGAGACGUUUACGACAAAGAAUAUUACAGCGUUCACAACAAGAGCGGCGUCAAGCUGCCUGUCAAGUGGAUGGCUCUGGAGAGUCUGCAGACUCACAAGUUCACUACCAAGUCAGACGUGUGGUCGUUUGGCGUGUUGCUAUGGGAACUGAUGACCCGUGGAGCCCCGCCAUAUUCUGACGUGAACUCCUUUGACAUCACAGUGUUCCUCCUGCAGGGGAGGAGGCUGCUGCAGCCGGAGUUCUGCCCUGACGCUCUCUACACAGUGAUGAUCGAGUGCUGGCAUCCGAAGCCGGAGCGGCGGCCCUCCUUCUCAGACCUGGUGUCGCGCAUCUCCGCCAUCUUCUCCAGCUUCAGCGGGGAGCACUACGUCUUGCUCAACACCACCUACGUCAACAUCGACAAGUUGAGCCCCUACCCCUCCCUCCUGGCCUCUACCGCCUCUUCCUCCUCCUCGUCCUCCUCCUCUGAGCCCAUGGCCUCCACGUCCUUGCCGUCCCCCUCCACUCUGUUUUGUCACAUGGAGCGAGACUGCUGCACCUGAAGGGAAGAAAAAGGAGGAGGUGAUGAAAGGCAGUACGGAAAAGACUCAGAAAGAGAGGAAAAGCAAGGAAGAAAAUGUGAGGUGAUGACGAAGCUGUUUGAGAACUACUGUAUGUACUUGCCAAACACUGGACACUGCAUGCUGAGGAAAAACACGGACUGAUGUUGCAGCUUGGACUGUUCACUCAGUGUACAUAGAUUGUGGACUUUUGAUCUUCUCAAGCGUCGCCAAACGAUGGGGGCCUCCAUGAACUACAGGGCUGACCUCAUCGACUUCCACCAACCUUUCUGACCUUUCAUUGACUCUGAGGAGCGUGAGGUCAGAUCUCCUGCGUCCUCUACAAGACAAUUACAAGGCACAGGAACGCCUCCUGCAAGAUUUCCAGCAGACAACACCACUGUCACAGAAGUACAUCUCGUUGCGCCCACACAAAGAGAGGAUAGAUUUCCACUCUUCUCUGGGUGGCAUGUGCUUCAGUAAGCGGAUGUGGCUCCGACUUAUACACUGUCUGUAAUGUGAAAGUGUCAAAUGGCCAUGUAUUCAUGUUGUAUGAAAAAAAUUCACACCUCCACAAACCAUAAACAAGACUCGAUGUCACCCUGACAGACACCGCAGCCUGCAAUGACAGAUUUUGGUGCCUCGGGUGAGUAAACUGAGGCAUGCUGGAGGUGGAUGGCAGCAGGUAGGUGUAGAAGUGGGAUGUAUAAAAAAAUAAAAAAACUGCUGCCUGUGUGCAGAUCACUGGAUGCUUUAUUUGUAUAAUUCUCUUUAAAUAAUUAGCUUUUGAUGUUAGCUUUUGAUGUGCUCGGAAAAAUCGUCUCACCGUGACUCACCUUUGUGGAAUCCCCAGCUGUUUCAGAGUGAAAAGAGUUAGAAGCGCCUUUUAUUUUCAUUUUUUAAACUCUCCGUCAUGUCAAAAACAGUACCACUCUCACAAUCGAAAGCUUUGAGGUUUUCUUGGAAAGAAGAAGGACAACAAAUGAGAACCAUGUCCAAAGAAUUUUUGGGUUGUUUGGUUGAUGAACUGUCCAGGUUGCUUAGUGUACAUAUGUUGGAUCUGCAUCCGUUUUGUAAGACUUGAGAACAUGCUGGACCUGGUGAUAAGGGGACUCACAGUUGAUUCAUUUAACCAAUGCUCUUUCAAUAUUUCUUUGAAUUAAGUAAAUUUUGACCCACCUUGUGUUGUUCCAUGAAGAUUUUACUCAGAGUAAAGCUUGUACUUCAAAGAGCCCCUGUGUUUAUCUGGUUCAGACCGGGACUUUGUCAUUAUGUGACUGUCAGUGACAGCUGUAUAUCACUGUAUCUCUACGUCGACUGUACAGUCAUGAUGAAGAAAUGACCACAUCUGUGUGUUUGCCAAUUUUUGCUUCCUGACUACAAAUCAUGUGUAAGUUACACUGUUGACAUUUUUUUUAAUUCAUAGAUUUGCAGGCACCAUUGGCUUCCAUUCAUUUCACCACAAUAUAAAAUUAUUUUUAUAUUGAAAUAUUCCUGAGUUGUGUAAUUCACCAUGAUGACUAUGGUGCAUGCUGUUACAUUAGACAUUUCUGUUACAUUAAAACAUGUAAUACAUCGCUUUCCCACUGUAAUGGUGAGAUGUGCCUGUUGAUCAUUAUCAACUAUUGACAACUGAAGAGACAAAUGCCUGUAUUGGGAGGCACCUAGGAUUCACUUUAGGUUGAGACAGGGCAACAUGUAUUUAUGAAUUGUAUAAAAAUCCUCAUCAGGCCCACUAGUAUGUUCCUAAAUAUGAGUUUCAUGUUUGGAUGACUAUAAAAUAAUAGGAACUAGUACAUUUACAUAGCGUAUUUCCACUAUACGUGAGGGAUUACACAGUUUUAGCAAGUUUCAGGAGUCUGAUUUUCAUAUUGUAUGAAAUGAAUGGAAACGAAUCGCUACUUGAACGGAUAAAAAAAACACAUCAAGCACACCAGUAUGAUUUAAAAAGUGGUUUGUUGUGGUUUAGUUAAUAUCAUUGGUCACAAAUUGGCUAAAACUUACAAAUAACUCAAUUCCUGGUCAAUGCCCUCUUUAUCUUUGCUUUGUGUAGCAGAUUAUGUUGUUGUAUUUUUUAUUUUUUAUUUUUUUUGAUCUGAAUGGCUGCUGAUAUGAUUGGGCCAUUGAUGGACAGGUAUGAAUGUUUGCUAUGACAAGAAAAUUGCUGUACUAUAUUUUUAUAUUGAUGAUGAGCCUCUUCUUGAAAUAUGGUCCAAUGGGAAGACCGGUGGUGAGUGAAUCGUGAGGCAAACAAUGAACAAAGCCACUAAUCAACCCUUUGUUUUCAAGACCAACCACUGCCAUUUUGUAAAUACAGAGAAGGGAGUGUAGGGAUCUGUGUGGGUUUGUGUGGAUGCUAAUCUAGCUUUUGAUCAUUGUGAAAACAGUAACGAAUGUUGAGCCAACUGGAGCCACCUCACGACACUCAAAGACUGCUGUCACUUUGAUGAUGUGAUUCUCCAACACUUUGUCUGUGCUUAACACUGUCUGUUGUGUGUGUGUGUGUGUGUGUGUGUGUAUGUAUGAGUUUGUUGUCUGUAAAAAAAAUCCUGAAGGUACAUGUUGCUAUGUAACGUCAAAUUAACUUUAUCAGUGUAAUAAAGCUAUACUAUAAGAGUUAA